AUGGGUUCGGUCACUGUGCAUCACACUCUGUGGCCUUAUCAUAUGAGACAGCUCUGGCAUUGCUUAACCUUAAAAAUGAUGUUUCUAUCCCAACUGUAUGUUACCCAUGGCAACAAAUGUCAUUUUAUUUGUUAUUAUGCUACAUCUUUACAAGUCGUGUGUGAAGAAGUUUUUGAGCUAUUCUGCGAUCACGAGGAAGCAGAUACGAGAAUGUUAUUACAUGCAAGUCACGCUGCACAGUCACAUUCAAACAUUGUUAUCAAAAGUGUUGACACAGACGUGUUUCUGUUGUGCAUUUAUUGUGCAUCCAAAAUUCCAGCUACUCUUGCUUUUGAUACUGGAACGGGGAACAAAAGAAGGAUCCUAGACAUGAAUACUAUUUCCGAGCAACUUGGUGAGGCGUGGUGCGAUGCUAUUUUGGGAUUUCAUUGGUUCACAGGUUUGUGACCAGAUUUCUUAUAAAUGAGAGUUGACGUUCAAACGCGCACAUAGGUUGCAACUUUCAUCGCCUCUCACACUCUGGUCAAAUUGUGAGCUUUUUUACAUCCAACUAUUUAGAUAUAACAUUAAUAUUUUAUCAAUUCCCCUUUCAGGAUCUGAUUCAACGUCUUCUUUUACUGGAAAAGGAAAGGCGACAUGCCUCAAAGUUGCACGCAGUAAAGUCGAGUAUGUUCGUGCCUUUCAAGAUCUGGGCAAACAAAUGACAGUUGACCAGGGCACAAUGUCGUAUCUACAAAAGUUUGUUUGUCACUUAUACGGACAAGAAAAUGAGAUCGAUGUGGAUAAUGCUCGACAUAACCUUUUUAGAAUGGGAAAUUGCACUGAAGAAACACUGCCACCCACUUCAGACAGCUUAGUGCAGCAUAUACAUCGUGCAAACUACGAAAGCUAUGUCAGACGUCGAUGUAUGGUGCAAAUGAUAACUGCAGGAAGUCCAGAUGGACAUGGCUGGUAUAUCGAGAAUGGGCAGUUAUGCAUCAAGUGGAUGACUCUUCCAGUGGCACCGGAUAGCGUGUUGGAGAUCGUGAACUGUUCCUGCAAAACAGGCUGCAAGUCUAAUCGGUGCUCAUGUAGGAAAGCAAACCUGAAUUGCACUGAUUUGUGUAAAUGUUCGGAUAGUUGCAAAAACAAAGAUAGGUCUGAGAGGGAUGAUUUUUUCAUUGACUUUGAUGACGAAGAUGCAUAUCAAAAUGAUGAAGGACUUGAUAUUGACAAUGUUAAUUAG